GACAAUCCGGAAGUGAGUGUAAUGAAGCGGUGCCACUUGGCGGCCAUGGCAGCUGUAGUAUUGCCGACUCCGGGUCGAGGCCCGGCGAAGUGGAAUACCACGGGCAGUAUCGGGUAUAGGGGAGAGACAUCUUUAUGUCAGCUUAGCUGGUGAAUCCCUACGGCCCAUCGUUACAGACCUGCAAGACUCCUUUCCCCGGUCUAGAGUCGGGGGGGAGUGUGCUGGGACUGGUGGGCUGGUCCCAGUCCUGGGGAGUGGAUCGGCUGCAGGGCCAUCCGAGAAAAACAGGCGCCGAGACUACACAGAGAGGUUCACUUGGGUUUUUCUCCUUUUCCUACUAUACGAGACGUGUGUGUAGCGGGGGAGUGGGCCGUUGUAUCACCCUCAUUCCGAAGAUUGAAGAAAUUGCUCUUUCUCACAAUUUCCCCAUCUCUGUUAACCCACGAAAAUCCAGUGACUGGCAUCUACGAACCCAGGGGCUGGGAUCUAAGAGUGCUCAAAGUUUUCUCUGGUGCUAGUAUCAGCAAAAAGUGAUCGUUUCCACUUACAGAAAAGUGCCUCGUGAACACAUCUGGUGAGAAGGCCUAAAGAACGGAAAAGUCCAUUUGUUUUCUUGGAACCACACUGCACGUUUAAAGAGACUAAACACCUUUUGAAGCGGCUGGAAUUUUGAAGUCUGGUGUUGGUGGGUGAAUAAAGGAGGGCAGAAUGGAUGAUUUCAUCUCCAUUAGUCUACUCUCUCUGGCUAUGUUAGUGGGAUGUUACGUGGCUGGAAUCAUUCCCUUGGCUGUUAAUUUCUCGGAGGGGAGGUCUCAGAGUUUUGUGUGCGUGUAGCUGAUGAUGCCGAGUGAGCGACUGAAGCUGGUGACUGUUUUGGGUGCUGGCCUGCUCUGUGGAACUGCACUGGCGGUCAUUGUGCCUGAAGGAGUACAUGCACUUUAUGAAGAUAUUCUGGAGGGAAAACACCACGAAGCCAGUGAAGCACAGAAUGUGAUUGCAUCAGACAAAGCAGCAGAAAUAUCAGUUGUCCACGAACAUGAGCACAGCCACGACCACACACAGCUGCAUGCCUACAUUGGUGUGUCCCUUGUACUGGGCUUUGUUUUCAUGUUGCUAGUGGACCAGAUUGGCAGCUCACACAUGCAUUCUACUGACGAUCCAGAAACAGCAAGGCCUAGCAGUUCCAAAAUCACUACCACACUGGGUCUGGUGGUCCAUGCUGCAGCUGAUGGCGUUGCUUUGGGAGCAGCAGCUUCUACAUCACAGACUAGUGUCCAAUUAAUUGUGUUUGUGGCAAUAAUGCUCCAUAAGGCCCCGGCAGCUUUUGGGCUAGUUUCUUUCCUGAUGCAUGCUGGCCUGGAGCGGAAUCGAAUCAGAAAGCACUUGCUGGUCUUCGCAUUAGCAGCACCAGUUAUGUCCAUGGUGACGUACUUAGGACUCAGUAAGCACGGGAAAGAAGGGCUGGACACGUUGAAAACUGACUUAUGCUCAAAGGAGAUAUCUAUUGAAAGAGGACGUCUAGAGAGACUUAAAUGCUUCCUUUGCACGUGCCUCUCUAAAUGCAGCCUGCCAUCCAACCUGGGGAGCAGCAGCAGUGGGACCAGCUUCAGAAGAGGUGACUGCUCUUUUGGAGUGUUUCCUUCUAGUUUCUUUUGCAAAGUACUUGCCUCCAGCACAUUCUUACAGAGGAACCAAGUUCUAGCAGAUUUGGGCUGAGGCUUUCCUCCAGGAACAGUCCAAUCACAAAGUAUCUUUGGAAAUGAAGGGAGGCUAAAUUUUAAGUGAAUUUGGAUAGUUACUGACAUCUUUGUAGUCACCCUGCCCCCCAGUACCAUGGAUCAAACUCAAGACCUUGUGCUUGCAAGGCAGGCAUGGUACCACUGAGCUAAAUCCCUGGCCGUGUAGUCGCCUUUUUAAAAAGACUACCAAAAUCUGUUUGUUUUUUUUUAGUGUUUCUUUUAUCAGGUCAGCAGUCCCUCUGGCUAAGCACUUGUCCGGCGUGGGAGCAUUGUGCCUGCUCACAUAAACACCUGUACCAUGAAGAAAGUCUAGCUGUGUCAUAAAUGAGAAGUGUCUGCCCAGUAGCUUAAAGCUUCUCGAAAUCAUGUCUUAUGUAUUCAUCUUUCCCAUGGUUUUCUCCUAACUUUUCCCUCUGGCCCAUCCUACAAUUUGCUGCUCACUGUUGGUGGCAAUGUUCAUACUUGUGUGAGAUGAAUGCUUAUGAGAACAGCCACUUCUUGAACUGUGAUGAUGAAGAUAAUAUUGUCUCUCUUCUUUAUUGCCGUCAAAGAAGUUACUUUUGUGUCAAAUGCAGCUUUGUUAAGUCCUCAAAAUAUCUCCUCCUCGUGUGUAAAUUGACAUAAUCAUUAAUAUUCUGAUAAUUUAAACAAUUGAGACAGCAAAAGUAUUUAACAAACUAAGGUAAUUUUUUUCAUGUUUGCCAAAAUCCAUAUAAAUCCUGUUUUGUCAAAUAAGUAUAUAAUACUGUAUUCUUAAUUUAUUUUGAUUUUCUGUACCAUUUCAAAGCACAUUUUUUACAUUAAGAAAGAACCAAGACUAGUUUCUUCAGGGCAGUGGAUUUAGUUGUUUGUAAAAAUGUGUUAUAUGACCCAUAAAACAGCAUGCCUGUGAUUUUUUUUCCUAGAUUUGUCACUGUGUCAGCAGCUGUGGAAUUAAACUUGUGUGCCCUCUGCUGCCUGCAGUGAAGAAAGUAGCAUAAAUAGGAUACAGUUUUUAUAGUAGCUGGCAACCAUUGCAUGUAAUAAUGUUAAAACUAAGGGAAGCCCCAAUACAGAAAGUCUGAGGGACUCCUGAUUAGAAAGUAACAGCUGACUCAGGAAGCUUCAGGUAUCACCUUGUCCUUCAAAGUAUGGUUGCCUAGAUUCUCUCCAGAAACUUUACUUUAUCAAAGGAAUAGAUUUUUGUGUCUGGUUUGGUUUCGAUAGAAGUAACUUCUAUCGUAUUGUUGUGUGCAGUGAUCAGAAAUUUGUUCUGCUGGCCAAAGCCUCUUUCAGCAGUGCCUUGCCAUUUCACUUAAAAGUUUGGCUAGAAUAUCAUACUGGAUAAGGUCUUGAACUCUGGCAAGGAUUGAACCCUCAAACUUCCAAAUUUGCCUUCCCCUCUGGACCUCAAUAUUGUUUUUUGUUUUUUGUGGGUUUUUUUGGUACCGGGGAUCGAACUCAGGUCCUUGCACUUGCGCAGCAGGCAGCACAACCACUGAGCUAAAUCCCUGGCCCACUGGACCUCAAUAUUAACCAACUCUCAGAAGCUAUGGGCUUUCCUAAUCUUAAAGCUGUGGCCUCAGGAAUUGCUUGUUCCUCCCCUGGUCAGCAGGCAGAUAUAGCCAUACAAAUCUCAUAGGGCUCACGUGCAUCUUCAGGCAGCAGGGAACCGUGCAGCGUGGCAGGGCCUCUGCUGAGGAAGAGCUUGCUCACGUGGUGGGCAGGCCAUCGCAACGUUCACUGUAGCACACUUCAGUUCCAUUUUUCUCUUAUUUAAAACUGCCUCCUUAGAUGUGGAUGCCUUAAUGCUCUAACACAUUUGGAAACAUUGAUGAUACUUAGGUUGCUGCCAUGACUACUGGGAUUAUUGGCUACCAAAGAGAUGCAGUUGAUAAUGAAAAGCAUGGCCCAUCCUUCUUCAUAACCAAAGUCAAUGUUUAUUGCAGUUUGAGUCCGUUUCCUCGGUAGGGAUAGACUUUCUUCAGAUUCAGAGUGCUCCCUGAAAUGGCAAAUUAAGUUGAAAAAUACUACUGACCUAUUCCCCUCAUGUGUUCUCCAGUCAGUUGUUUAUCUGUUCUCAUAUCACCAAAGCGGGGAUGUUUCAGGUUUCAUUCAGUUUUCCUAUGCAUGCUGUUACCAGAUUUCUUUUUCUUUUCUUUUUUUUGCAGAGGGGGUACCGGGGACCCAACUUGUGAUCUUGCGCUUGCGAGGCAGGAGGUGGAACCACUGAGCUAAAUCCCCAGGCCCUCUUUUCUCUUUUUUUUUUUUUUGGAGGGGGGGCAGAGGUUCUGUACUGGAAUGUAAAGAGUUGAAAAUGGUACUACCUACAGAGGCUGUAUGUUCUUUCCUACCCUUCACCUCUUUAUUUCCCAGUUCAAAACAGCCCAGUCAGCCUGCUCCAGUAUUUUUAAUCACUAGAGAAAAAAGGAACUGACUGUUUUCAGGUGUCAUUUCUUACAGAAAGGAGAAAAUGUAAUUGUUUUUUUACCAGCCUACUUCUAAGUGUCACUGCCUGGUUUUUCUCUCUUUCAAGGCUUAGAACUAGGAGGACACACCAGCAUCAGAGUAUGUUAAGCCCCUGACACACAUGGUAGCUAGGUAUUGACACAGGAACUGUAUGCCAACAGCACAAGCCCCCAAUAUAGUGCCUGCCUCUUGGGCCCAGAGCCCUUUGGGAGCCUGAGGAUCACAACCACGUCAUCCCAAACUGCUGCAGUGCAAGGCAAGAAUGUAGUUGUUGAGCUUCUGUGCAUCAGAAGUUUUCUGCUCGGAACAGAACCUUCCAUAUCACCCACAGAACACAAUUGGAGAUGCUAUGGAAUGAAAACCAAUGAUGUAACCUUCCUGUUCCUGAGACAUUUUAACUCACCCCAGGAGACUUGAAGGAGAUUUGUCAUUGUGGGAAAGGACUGGCCAACUAUUUAGGAAUUCUGUAGAAUUAAGCUCACCUAACACAGUUGCUUAACACAAGGAGCCUGGCUUUGAUCUGUGUCAGGUGGUGUCUUCCUGCAAGCUGGGAGUCUUCCUGGGGUUGUAACACCACUGCAGUUCCCCUGGUGUGGUGGCCUGAACAGUGAUUUUAAAUGUCCCCUUUUCUGGAUCCUUUGUAUACAUGAAAUCAUUCCAUGGAUGGCUGCCUUAUAAUUUUGUCUCUUUCCACUUUAAUUGUUAAUGGUUUAAAAGAAUUGCUGUUUUCUGAUAUUAAAUUUUUAUUAGUGCA